UAGUAAACCUACUCACUCACAAACGAACAUGUCUCGCUAUCUCUUGCCAGGCCCGGCCCCUGAAAAUCUCCAAAUUCUAAGCCAGAGUCCACCACUGGUCCCAAACCUAGGAAGACAACGUAAAGCCAUCACUUUAGCCUGCGAACCAUGUCGUCAGCGCAAGUCCCGAGUGCGCAGUUCCAUGUUUCCUUAGUGUGCGAGACGAUGAGUUAACAAGGUCUUUUUUUCUAGUGCGACGGCGCCAAACCUCGAUGUUCACACUGCACCAGACGAAGGACGGAGUGCCACUACCGGACUCCCCUUGAACAGCAGGGGGCGUAUCAAGAACUGUUCCGGAUUCUAGCGACAAAGCCAAUGCAUGAAGGGACUGAUAUCCUGAGAAGAAUCCAGAGCGGCCAUGAUGUUGAGUCGAUACUUGACCACAUUCAACGUGCAGAUCUUCUCAAGCAGGCGCAUGUAGUGCCGGAUCACUAUUACCAGUAUGAGUUUCCUUAUCGCAGAGAAAUGCCUAGCUUCUUGAUCCAAGAAGGCAACCAGUACCUUGAUUCAUGGCUGUAUAAAUACUCAUUGAGUGAGACGAGGAUACAAGAUAGUGACAAUCCACCAACAGAGUAUCCUAUAAUUUACGAGGCUCCUUAUCAUGCAGCCGAAAUGGUUGAGCCUCGACUAGACCAUAUCGACGCGCGGAAAUGGACGUGUAUCAUCGAUGAUAACAGUUUAUUACGGAAGCUACUAGAGACGUAUUUCAUGACCGAAUACACUUUCUAUCCAGCCUUCCAAAAGAACUACUUUCUGGAGGACAUGGCAGCAGGCCGAAGCAAAUACUGCUCUUCCCUUUUAGUCCAUGCAGUCCUUGCAUCUGCUUGCCACGGCUACUCCAAGAUGAGUCAUCGGUCUCAGUUCUGGAAUCCACGGACCCUUGGGUAUCAGUUCCUUGCAGAGGCACGCCGAAUAUGGGAGCUGGAGAUUGGCAAUGCUCGACUUACGACCAUCCAGGCUGCAAUUGUCCUAUCGCUUGUGCAUGAUGCCAAUGGUAGUGAUGAGGUGGGAAGAUCUUACCUGACUCAGGCCGUUGCGGCUGCACAUGCAAUGCAUCUAUUCUCUAUACCGACCAAGAACAGCGAUGAUCUUGAGUAUUAUACAAGAGCUUUCACAGCAUGGGCGUUAUUUGGACUACAGGCCGUCCAUAGCUUCCACGUGUUCAAAGCACCGCUACUAUCGAUGCCUCCUAGCAUACAGCUAUCUACGCAAGAUGACUGCUAUGGCGACUUCGGGCUCCGUUACCCAUCGGCGAAAGGGCCCGUAUCGGUGAACUAUGCCAAUACCUUUCGGACACUCUCUGAAUUCCGGGUCAUCAUCAAUGAUGUCGCUGCUGUAUUUUUCUCAGGUUUCAAGAAUACUCCGGACACCAUUGUGGACAAAAUUAAGGGUUUCUGUAUCCGUCUUGACAACUGGUAUCGAAAUCUUUCGCCAGGUCUCAAACCAACAGAAAUCCUUUUUCCAUGGCAGCUCAAGCUCCAUAUGCACUACUACAACCUGAUUGUCUAUCUUCUGGAAACACUGCGCAUGACAACUGCGCCUGCACUAGUUGACGACAGUGUCCAGAAGGCUUUAAGCGACGCCAAGAUAAAAAUGGAAACAUUGCUACGCUUAUACUACCUGCGGCAUGGAUUCGAGUCUUAUGACAUAUUCAUUGUAAUUCUGCUGGCCUUUAUAGGCUUCAUGCACGCAAAAACCUUGGAUAGUUCUAAGAUGGUAGAUUUGGAAAGCCGAAAAUCGACCGUUGUCCUCGUUGCCAAAGGUCUUGGAGACCAGAGCAAUAACUGUUAUCUGGCCAGAGUAGUGUUUCGUCUACUGAAGGGUAGUAUUGGAAGUAAAAACGACUUUCUGCUAAAAGAAGUGGGUAUUGUGGAGGAAGAUGGGGAGGAUGAAAAGGCAAUGGAGGAGCAGGUGAAUUCGUCUUGGCCCGUCGACCUAGGGUGGAUUGAUGUUGAUCCAGAGAAGAAUAGAUUAGACAAUAUGAUCAGGAAGACAAAAGAACUAGAAUUCUGAGUAUCCAUA